AUGAGCGCAGAGCUGAGCAUGGGCCCGGAGCUCCCCAACAGCCCUCUGGCUCUGGAAUACGUCAACGACUUUGACCUAAUGAAGUUUGACGUGAAGAAGGAAGGUCUGGCCGGGCUGGAACGCGCCGGGGUGCGCCAGUGUAUUCGGCUCCAGCCCCAGGGCUCUGUGUCCUCCACCCCCAUCAGCACACCAUGCAGCUCGGUGCCCUCCUCACCCAGCUUCAGCCCCACAGAGCAGAAGAACCAUCUGGAGGAGCUCUACUGGAUGCCCAACGGCGGGUACCACCAGCAGAUCGACCCACAGACGUUAAGCCUGACCCCGGAGGAUGCAGUGGAGGCCCUGAUUGGAGCCACAGCCCAUGGCCAACACCCGUCCCCGCAUGUCCAGCAGCAGCUGCAGCAGGGCGGCUUCGAUGGCUACAGAGGGCCUCACCACCACCACAACCACCAUGGCCAUCCUCAACAGCACCACCAUCCCUAUGGGGGAGGCAUUCCGCACCACCCAGAUGAACUGCCUGGACACCCGGGGGGCCACAGCCACCCACACACCCAGCACCACCACCACAGCCAGGACCCAGACAGCCCGUCCCCCGUCUCCCACCAAGCCCUCCACCACCACCGCCUCCAACACCACCACCAACACGACCACCAGGGCCAGGGGCACCAAGGCUUAGGCAACGUGGAGGACCGAUUCUCUGAUGAUCAACUGGUGUCCAUGUCUGUGAGGGAGCUGAACAGGCACCUGCGGGGGUUCACCAAGGACGAGGUCAUCCAUCUCAAGCAGAAGAGGCGGACCCUAAAAAACAGGGGCUACGCACAGUCCUGCCGCUUCAAGCGGGUGCAGCAGAAGCAUGUGCUGGAGAACGAGAAGACUCAUCUGAUUAACCAGGUGGAGGCGCUCAAGGCGGAGAUCAAUCGGCUGGCGCGCGAGAGGGACGCCUACAAACUCAAGUGCGAGAAACUGACGGGAACGGGAGCGAAUAACGGGAUCCGCAAGGCAGGGUCAGCAAGUGACAACCCGUCAUCUCCAGAGUUUUUAAUGUGA